AUGCCUCGAAAAGCUAAUACUGCUCAAGCCUGGAAUGCGAAAGUCGUCGAUCUUGACAAAUCUCUUAAGGAAGAAAUAGAGCGCGCUCGCAGCGAUGUUGAGCACCCCAAUCUCCGUCGACGCAUGGCCACUCUCCAGGAUAUUCCGAUGUCGACGUCCUUGCAUCAAUUCGCCGCCACCCAGUCCGUCCUCGACGGUUUCGGCCGUCACCUACAGAGGUGCAUCCAUUCCGGACCCACUGCGACCGUCCGACCCUUUGACAUAUGGCAUUUGUUGAUACGUCUUUGUCAGGCUCUGGCUGCCAGGAUUGACGACUGGGACACGCAUGGGCUCUUCGACGCCGAUGGUAGCAAAAGCGUUAUGUGGCUUAUUCUUGGCCUCGGAAUUAGCCCUGGUCAUGUCACCGAUUCCCAAACUGUCUGCCGAAAGGCCUCUGGACAGUCGUUCCACCGAAUGGCUCGCGUAUUCUGGGUGCACAUGGUGUUUGACAUGCUUGCCUCUCAAUGUGGAUUAGAAUGUGACACGCCCAAAAUGUGUCUUCCCAAUAUUUCGCAUGUCAGCGCUCUAGAGAAAGACAAAGAAGGAGUCAAACCACUACUUUUAUGGUUGACGAACUGGACCACCAACCUCAAUAAGCUCUUUUCAGAGCCUCCCAAAUGCUCAACGUCUGUCCGAACACAACGGAUAACGGACCCGAGGUCAAAUCCACUGCACGAAGGAACACAAGUAGGAAUCGGGGAGCCCGACGCAGCGGACUCCUGUACAGAAGUGGCGACACCGGAACGAGGCACCAUCUCUAUUUCGAACUCGCGACUUAUUGGCGAGGCGGGUGCGCAAAGCAGCACCGCCCUUCUCCUGCGGCACAUGCCUGUAGAUGUUUCAGCCUCUGCUGCCGUCGCGAUGGCCCUGCUCGAAGGAAUGCAGCAGCGCGAUAAGAACAUGCGCUAUUCUCAUGUCGUCAAUAAUCUUUCGAUGGCUGGCGCUGUCCUCUCCAUGCUUGUAAACUCCGAAAUAACGUGUGAGAGUGCCGUGAACUUCAAAGGCAGUCUUGUGACACGAGGUCUUGCGGUACUGACCGGUCUUCCUGUCGACCAUGCGGCCAGUUUAGCCAUGGAAGAUCGCACUUCUGAUGAAUUUCUCCAACCUUUUCUGCUCGCCCUCCAUGUCUCGCCGCUCCUGUUACUUUCAGGUCCCUCGUCGUCUUCUCGCAAUCGAACGGCCUGGAUAACUAUGUUCGCUCUUCGGGUUGCUUUAGGCAAUACGGGUCGACCUGAUGCAAUCCAGGUUAUGGAGCAAGAGGUUUGGCGCGCCGUGAUAAAGGUCUCCGUCGGCGUUCGGCCUGAGGAUGCAUUAUUUGACCUUCAUAAUGUCGUCCAUAAUGCGGACGCGAAGUGGUUCCGGACAUUGACUGGUAAACCGUUCAGACCUAUCUCUAUUCAUACUCACCAUCUGAUCUCGAACGCUGCAGUGCCAAGGGAACAUAUAAUAGAGCCAACAUCUCUGUUUUCGUCUUAUGCUACGGAAUCAGAUGAUAUACUUCGUCCCUCGUCUUCCGAGUGGGAUACGCACGGCGAGGUCCCGAUCGACGUACCAGCCAUCCCCAAUGUUUCCGACAACUUCAAUACUCUCACUUCAAACCUUGUAGCGCCGCUUGCGAACCACAUAGGCGCAUCCUCUGGUCAGGCCAACCACUGCGUGGAAUAUGCGGGAGGUUCCUCUCCUCAUAACUCUAUCGGAGGCACGGGCAGCGCUGGUACACCGGCGGUUUGUCCCAGUUAUGAUCCUAUCAUUAUGACGGAAGUCCAAUCGUCCUUGAACGGCAUCGCCGCUCAAGACACAGUAACCAGGUAUAUCUCGACUCCUGAGACGAUCAUGAAUCAAUCAUCACUUCCAUGUCCAUCACGUCUCCCAGUUCACCCAACGCCCUCUAUUCUCUCAGCUGUGGUCCAACGGAGCUUUGAUCCCGAGGUUAUGUUGGGCAGAGAAGCGAUUGAUGUACCCUCCGUCUCAGCCGGAUUCAAAUCCACUUCCAGUGUUGCCGGGGCGCGUGUACCCUCCCAAGGUGUCAGAGAAAUCCGCUACAUUCUAGAUGGCCCUGUAGAACACACUACAUCUUCCCUAGGGGUCUCACGCGCGCGGUCGCCGCCGUUCCCCCGUCCAACGCAUCAUCCAAAACCAGCGACAACCAACGGAGGAGUUACCUUGCAUAAUGAAGAGUAUCUUGCAGGACCAUUCCUGGCAGAGUUGCAGGAAACACAACAUACCUCUAGUCUCUCGUCAUCUAAUGAGCAAAACGUUUCCAAACAACCUAGAUCAAGUAACCCUCCCCAACUCUACGGCACGCAGACACGAAGUCGCAAGGCGUGGAAGAUGCCAUCUGUCCAUGAGCGGCAUAUACAUUUGGGCCAGGCAAUUCCGGUGCAAUCCCGAAAGCGCCCGAAUUCUUCGCCCAACAGCUCGUUAAUUAAGCGAUCACGCAUCGACCCCGUGAUCAACGCCCCCAUGAACAUCGACGAACAAGUAGACGCCACUCCUAGCCUGGAGACAGACGAAGAGAACGAGGUCGGGGUCAAGAGUAAUUCCCAUAGCAUAGCUCACGUGCAGUCCGUCGCACCUCCCUCUAGGCAAUAUUUUCGCUUCGAGUGGAUACCCGAGUUACAUAUUUUCGACGAUCUGUGGCGAGCCAUAACCGACCCUAAUCGAGGUUCUAUCCUCUCGUGGGAAGGCAGUAGUGAGGCUAAGCCCAUACAUUUCCACCCGAAUGCGAGUGCGCUUGACUAUCGACCCUCCGACAUCUACACCUCGUCGAUAUAUCGCACCAGCGUGAACCUCUUCCGAACUCUUCGACCAGAGCAGAUUCGGACGAUUUUUCGACAUCGCCACAUUCUCAUAUACGGUAUUGAACACGAAGAAGAGUGGGCGUGGACGCGUUCCUCGAUGGAACAAAUCUGCCCGCUGAACGUAUUGGUCAGAUGCGAGAUGCUUGAAGGUAUGGAAUGUCGUGAGAAUCACGCCGAUACGGAACAGAGAACUUGCUGGCGUACCUUGGAACAGGUCUUGCACACCUGGAAUAGUCAAGACCGGGGUGAACAACGGACUGUGACCGACGAGAUGUUGAACGUUCUCGAUCUUCCGUUACCGCGAGGCGAGUUGGAACCCAUACCCCGUUGGCGUCUCUCUAGGGCUAUAGCGAGCCAUAUACUCUCGAUGCAAGAUCUUGAUCGCCGGACCGACAACUCAAAGGAAGAGGGGAAUGAGAACGCACACACGUCUUGGGCAACCGUUUCCACACCUGGUGUGACCUCGCGCGUUCAUUCGGACACCGGCGGCCUCUGUACUGUCUCCAUGCCUCUUACAGGAGAGAUAUACUGGGCAGUGGGGGAACCAAGAGACGACCCGAAAGCCAUAGACGUUCAGCAGGGAAGCGUCAGGCAGUACAAGGCCUUCAAUGCUGGCCUCAUUGACGAUCGAUAUCGUUGGGAAGCGGUAUCACUGAACGCUCGGACUGCCUUCUUUAUGCGUCCCAAUACCCCACACUGGGCCUUGACCCAAGAGGCAGCUAUUGUCUACGGACGUCACUUUUAUUGUAGCUCCACAAUCUUCGACAGCUGUGUCGGUGUUGUUCAUUCCCUUCUCGCCGAUCGACUCGUCACGAACGCCUCACAUCCGGAUCUGCUUCCUUUGCUUACUAGUCUUGGCUGCUGGUUCAACACCAUCCAGUUCGAGGGACAUGAGCCUAGAUUCGACACCGAUAUUCCAGAACUGAAGGAGCGUGGCAUCCUGUCCUGUAUAGCUAUUUUUUGGCGCACCCUGGACUGGCGUACCUACAAAGAAAAGGUAUGGUCGGAGAAGACCGAACGGUGGGAAAUCCAAACCCGCCUCACCUGGAAAACCCAAUUCGCACUCCCUUCGACCCAUAAAGACGCAUCGUUGUUCGCACGUCAAGGUACAGCUCUCUGGGUCAUUUACCAAUCUGGUAUGGGUUAUGCUUCCGACGUCUCUGCGGAGCACAUCGCCCCGCCAGAGAGCAUUGGGACUCUGGGACACACAUCUCUUCUCCAACACCUCGCCUGGAUCCCUCGCCGGUAUCGAAUACAGUUUGCACAAAUAUUUCACUUCGCUCUUGCAGUGUUAGUCGCACGGUUGAACAUGGACGAAGUCCCCUUCCAGAUAGGAAUUGGCCCCUUGAAAUAUUGGCUCGUCGCUGAUCUCAAGAGCUUCGCCGGAGAAUACAUGGCGGCGUGUUUGGAGCAAUGGUUGGAUGAGGUGGAGCAGCGUGUGCGGGCAGGCGAGGAUAUAUUUGAUACGUUCGACUUGAGAAACGUCACAUUUCGGAAGUCCAAGAGGAGAAGAAUCCGAUUCUCGAAAUUUGGCGGGGACACCAAAGGACUUUUCUUUCAUGUUGGGGAGGUAUAUGACAGAAACAAAGGGAAGUCGCCUGCGGUUGGUUCCGGGUGGCCAGGAGUCAGGCCCGUACGGGCCGGGAGAGUUGAAGACGUUCGAGCGGAGUAUGAAAUGGUCGCGAUACAUUUUAUAACCGACAGUGACAAAUGCGAUAGGCCACGUCUGUCCUCCGAACCAUCCUCCACAACACCCCGAGCUCUCAACGCAGAACGCAUGUCUGAAAAGAAGACGAAAUUCUCCUUACCGGAUGGCCUGGCAUGGAAAGCUAGGCAAUUCGAAGGCAAUAGUCCCGUUCAAUUAGAAAUACAAGGUGCACUGGCUGCCAAAGCUGCCCGGGCCAACCUUAGGACGCGCAUGAGAACGCUGCAUGCCAUACCUAUGUUAACCUCCUCUAUUGCAUCUGAGUCUUCCCUUUCAGGAUGGCUUGAUUCUUGCAAGUCAUAUUUCCAGCAAGAGCUUUCAAAGCAAGGGCCUACUCACUCUACACCUCCAGACGACACGUUUUUGAAGUGGUAUGCCCAGAAGCUUGAUGCUUGGGAUUCUGAAGGAAUUUUCACGAGCUCGACAUCUCUGGGACUGUUAUGGGUCAUACUGGGACUCAGCCACCAGGUUGACUCCGAUCCUGUCACUGUGUACGCUAAAACGAAUCCAACCUCCUUUAAUCGCGUGGCUCGAGUUUUCUGGGAGCAUCUCCUCUUUGACAGACUUGCAAAUGUCGCUGGAUUCCAUAGUAAAGACGCUUCUACGCCCGUCGACCCGGAUCCAGCCAUGGUUGACUGGAUCAUCACCAAGAAGGAAGGGGUCCCGAGCCUGUUCAAGCAGUUCCUAUUUCAGUGGACGACCUCACUCAACGCUUUGUUUGAGGUAGGCGUACCUGAUGCGGGCCAGCCUAUCAAGGCUAUCGGUCCGAGUGAACCAUCCUUUGGAACUGCCCAAUCUACAUCAUCUAUCCAGGCGACACAAGCUCGUUCUUUCGCAAGCGUGUUGCCACCCAUUGGUCCGCCACCAGAGGCUCAAAGUGUACCCCCUGUCUCCACAUCGCUACUCCUGAAAUCUGUUGCUCUGGACAUCACUGUUUCGACUAAGCUCGCGGUCCACCUCCUGGAGACCGUCCGCGUUCGAGAUCAGAGCAUGCGUAUGCCCAACGUCCUCAAUAAUUUCGCACUCGCCGGUGCCUCACUCUCACUUAUCCUCAAUAGUCCCUUGGAAAUCACGUCCGCAAUGGAUCUCAACGCAACGCUGAAGUCGUACGCCAAUUACUUCUAUAUCAUCGUGCUAUGGCAGCUCAAGGGUCUCCUCUAUAGACGGAUAAAGCAGUUGAAUCCAUCCGAUAAGCCUCACGAUACCCAAGCGUUACUUGACUCGCGGGAAAACAAUAUGGUCGUCCAACCCCUUCUGCUGGCAUUGCAUGUUUCCCCCCUUCUGUUAUUUGGUCCGCCCGCCAGCUGUUCAAAUAACCAUGCAACGUUCAGCACUCUUUUUGCACUCCGUGUCGCUAUGGGAAAUCGCUGCAAACCUCCCAUCAUAUCAUUUCUUGAGGACGCUGUGUGGCGCGCUAUAAUCAAGAUCUCGAUUGGCGUCGCCCCCGAAGUCGCUGUCGACGAGCUCAAGCAUAUCUACAGAUCAGCGGAGACACAAUCAUCCAUCAAACAGGAUACAGCCGCCCCGUCUUGGUUCCGAACAAUGCAAAUGCAUAUAGAGCCCGACUCGAAAGUCGAAAGCACGUCAGAUGAUACAUCUACUUUAUUGACUGCUGGUGCUAGUGCUGAGGAUCCGGACGAAGACAUAUCAGUUGUGGGCCUGAGGACAAAGUACGAAAACCUCGAUCGCAAUGCACCGGAUUUUGCCAAUCGGCUCGACACACUCUUAGCGGCCUUUUUCGACCACGUACCCCAGCCCAAGACCGAACCAGAAGAUGAUACUUCCCCAUCAACAGUUAUCAACUCUGAGAUGCCUGCUACUCCGGGACUUGCCGUACAACCUUUCCCCCUUCGCCCCGGCGAGUCGAUCAUUGCUACGCAAUCCGGCACCCUUCCGACACCGACACUGGCCCCUACUCCCUCAGUAUCUUUGCCCCCGCCGUCUGCUAUCUCCCCACCUGGAGAGCACCUCACUCAGCAGUACGCCGUUCGUAACCCCCCACGAAGUACAACCGAUCCUCGCGAUGGGCCCACCUCUAAUAUGGAUUCUAGCGCAUCGCCGAGCCCCGGAACUGUCCUGCCCGACGUCAGAUCACCAUUAUUUGAAGACGCGAUCCACACUCACACACGUGAUGGAUCGCUGCACAAGCGCUUACAACAGUCUGUGACACCCUCCGAUAUGACCGUCGUCUCUUCCUUUUCCGAUCCUGAUGGAAGUCUUAAACGGAUAGAUUCCACGUCUACUCAGCCCAAGGAUUCCACGUCUACUCAGCCCAAGGAUACUCGCAGUAAUUCGUAUCACAAUGUUCCUGGCACGCCUGGGUCAGCGCCGAAAGAACGCGAGACCGCCGCGAGGAAGAGCAAAGUAAUACUUACAUCGGCAAUCCCUCCAUCGCAUACGGGCCUUGCCCAAGAUACUCACGUACCCUCUCCAUCGGCAUCUCUAUCUGAGCUCCCCCGACCAGUCAUGCAAAAACCGAAACAACGCGUAGCUUCUCGGUCCUAUCAGAAUGUGCAGGAAAACGAGGCCGCUAGGAUCAGUAGAGAACGCACCGGGAGUAACAGCAUACCUACGCAGCCUUUAGAGCAUGGUCAACACAGUCUAAAACCCACCGCUCGGGUUCCAACAUCACGAACCUGUGAACGCAGCGGGGGCUCGAGUAACCGCGCCGCUGCUGCGCCUCCAAUUAAGUCUGUACCAGACUGUGCUCAAGAUUCUGCAAACGUCAACGGCAGCAGUAGCCAGUAUUCUUUGUCUAACGUUUUGCAGGGUAUGGCAAAGUCUGCUGUUCGUGAACCUUUGCCACAACACGCAUCUUCAGGCGCAGAGCACGAGUCGGUCAAAUUCGGCCCUACAGGACCGCCAAACCAAAACAUUGCUGUUGAGGCGAAUCUGGGGGCGUGCUUGGCUCGUAAUCUACUCGCUCGUCUUCGGAAGCCCACACCUGCGACGGCAGAGUACGAGGCAGAGGAUGAGCUGAGCCUUCGGGAGCGGCGCUCGAUUCUAUUGAGAGGGAGGGGAUGGGCUGAGACGUCGGGAGCAAACGACAACUUAGGUCCUGUAUCAAUUGAGGCCGUCGGAAAGCCAGUGUCUCAAGGUCCGGACGUUUCUCCGACCUCCGCUUUGCAAGCUUCACCGCAACAUGCUUGUGUAAGCGUGAGUGCCACGUCCGACGACCAACAACUCGCCAAAUCAUUCACGAAUGCUUUCCAGGAUCCUGGGGCCAACGCAGGGGAAGUGGAGGUACAGAUUGAUCCAGAGCGCAACCCUUCAAAGUCUUCGCCAAUGGUAGUCCAUGAGGUUGGUGGAGACGUUAAUUCUGCCUCCCAGGAGUCAACAAUCGAAGGCAGCAUCGUCCCAGAGCACCAUAGUACUGAAGAUGCCCCUCGGCUCGAACUUAUUCUUUCCAAGAUUCGUAUGGUCGAGUCAAUAUUGCUCCAAGUUACUGGUCAUACGGAUGGACUGGAAGAGGUAUACGCUAGCUUCGACGGGAUACUCUUGGAAAUGGAAGGGAAGACCAUCCUUACGAACGAAGAAGUAGAAGUAAUAGUUUCCUCACGUUCACUCUGGCUCCGUGCUUACCAUCACCUGCAACUAUUGCUGGUACAGGACAAUCUCCUUUUACACCGGCUGAAGACCCUUUCCUUCAGUAAACUUAUCGAUCAGGCCACGGAGACUCGAUUCCAAUUCCGUGACAGAGCAGCUCGGCUUCAUGAGCGCUGGCCAGACGUUGUCGAGUCCGCUCGCGCAGCAAUCACACUUAGCCAAGAUGAUAUUGACUCCCAGAAAGACAAUAUGAACGUCGAUGUCGACCCGACGUGGGGUCUCAUUGAUACUGUUCCAGGAUUUGAACCCGAUGUUUUCGAGUUUGACUCUCUGAUAGUUGACGGAAGGGACGUACUAACAUCAUUGGAUGAAGACUUCGAGGUCGGCGGCACCAGCCCCGACGGCUCUACCACUAACUCCCCCGACUCUGGUUGCGAUGACCACGUUGAGCAAGGUUCCCAAGAUGACAACGUUGAAGGUACAACAUCCGACGAGGAGCCAUUGCUUAUUGUUGGUCAAGGAUCUGUGAUCGCACGAUCGGAAGUGGUAGACGAGGCAAGCGACGGACUUGCGGACAAAGGGAACGUGCCGUCCAAACAUCCACGGGACCCAUACAACUUGCGUGCCUCGAAACCUAUCAAUUACAAAGAGACAGCCGUCGAAAGCGGAGCACGCAAGCGAACGAAUGCGGGGGAAUUGCAAGCCAGGGACAACAAGCGGCAGUGUAUCAAAUUACUCGGUGCAGGAGACCAGGAAGUGUCAACAGUGGACAGCGGCUGCGGAGACCGCCCUCAAAAGGCGGUAGCGGUUGUUGCGGACCUUGAGCUGAAGAUGUUUAAUGCUAUCUGGAGCCAAAUGAAUGACCCCAAGACCGGCUCAAUUCUCGACUGCAACGGCACAGGGAAACUUCCCCUUCAUCUCCAUCCGAAUGCCUCGCUAGUUAAUGCCCCUCUCUCGGACCCCAUGACGUCAAGCAUAUUCAGGGUAUCGUUUGAGAAGUUUUUUUCCCUCUCUGGGGAAGAAAUACAAACUAUAUUCCGCGAUCGCCACAUAUUGGUGUACGACGUCCCACACGGGCAGCAGUGGGGAUGGAAUGAGGCGUCAUUGGAAGAGCUCCACCCGGUUCACAUACCACUGCCGCUUCAGGAUAUGAGUCUCAGAGACGUCGACAUGGAGCAUACUCAGCGACAUGCCGAGACAUAUACUCUCCGUGACCUGCUGCACUCCGCUGAACCCCCAGUGCCCGGCGCUUGGACUAAGAAUGGUCUUAUGUUCAACGCUCUCGACCUACCAAAGCAACGUGAUCAAUUAGAACGCGUACCUAGGGAUGUGGCCUGCGAUGUCCGCUCGAUGGAGACCUUUGACAGCAAGGUGGAAGCUGGGCAGGACACCUACGUCGCCAACGCCCACACUUCGUGGGCCAUUGCUAGCACCCCUGGUGUGGUCUCGCGAGUUCAUAUCGACACUUCUGGUCUCGCAACCGUCUCGUUGACUCUGACCGGCGAGAAGUUUUGGGUGGUUGGCACACCGCUGCCACAAUAUGCGGCUGAGCUGGCUGAUGACAACGUUGAGCUAUUUUUGAAAUUUGACGAUGCUACGAUCGACCCUCGGUACCGAUGGGAGGGAGUGUCACUUUCCAAGCACACAGCUCUGUAA